GCUUUGCCGCCUUCCCUCCGGAGAUCGCGGGCGGAGCUGACGGAGAGCGGCCAUGGAGGGCAACGGGAAGGAAGAGGAUGGGUCUCUAUCUAGCUGGUAUGGACAGAAUAGUGAUCUGUCCCAUUACAGUGUGCAAAGGGAGUUAUUUUCUUCUAGCAGUUGUAAGGACGUAAGACUUAUGCCAAACCUUACUUACGGGGAAGCAGAAAAACGUUGUUCAGUUAUUCAGUCCUGUGAUACAAGUUUUAAAAAAGAUGGUCUUGGGACGGAAACAUCUAGCCAACUUGGAAAUUAUUUGAGCUCUCGAAAUGAAGAUGCGAACAGUUCAAAGAAUCAUCUUCCAGAAAGCAUAGAGGUAGAAUCCUUGAAGGAGAGUUGGAGUUCAUACAGCAGACUUGUGAAUGAACACCGAACCAGGAUGAAAGAACUGUUGCCGUGUCUUAAAGGGAAAUCCCAGCAAACCUCUUUGGAAGAAAGCCUGAGUGAAGGUGAAACAAAAUGGUUAUGGGAAGAUGCCAUUAAUAGCAGAGUCACUUUCCAGGAAAUACUUCAUGAAACAGAGAUGACAAUUAAUUCAGCUGAAAUGUUUUUGCCAUCAUUUAAAGAAACACUUAUCAGAAUUUCUAAAGCUUGUUACAUUUCUGCAUCAGAUAUGAUAAAGAUUUCUGUGCAAGAGGAUUUACUGGUAAAGGAGUUACAGGCUCUCAAAACUAUGAAGGGACUAUUACAACUGCUACUUAGAUCAAGCAAGGACAAAGAAAUCAUCGGUGAACAGAUUGAAGAUUUGAUACAGAAGUUAACUUUAAGUGAAACAGAAACCAUUAGUCUCAAAAAUGAAGUAAUUGAGAAAGAGAGGUCUAUUGUGGAACUUUUGACUCAGCUUCAGCAAGAGAAGGCAAAUGUACUAAAAGCAUCACGCCAUUCUGAAUCAGUUCAAUCAGUGCAAACUCAUCUGCAGUUUCAGAUAGAAAAAAAGGAAGCUGAGAAUAAUCAACUGAGAACAAAAAUUCAGACUAUAGAAAAGAGCAUUACAGAAUGGAAGCUACAAGUUGGAGAACAUAACCAGAAGAUUUUGGCUGAAAAGGAAAGGAGGGAGGAGAGAAGGAAUGCCUUGAGAAGAGCUGCUCGUGUUCAGAAACAAAGAGCUGAACAGUUGGAAGUGGUUGUGAAAAGCUUACUUUCUCAAGUGAAGGAGAAGGAAAUUCAAUUGUCUGAGGUACUUUCAGCUUCUAAUGUCUGGAAAAGUCAUCAUGAAACGGUGGUAGAUGAAAAAAUCAGGUUAGAAGUUCAGGUUGAGACUCUGAAAAAGCAAAUAGGUGACUGCAUGAUGGAACUCAGUAGAAUACAAGAUGUUGGAAGAAAGUCUAAGAGUGAGAUUAUUGGAAAGCUUAAUUCUGUCAUGUCUGAAAAUGAAAAGAUUUCUCUUGAAAAUGCAAAAUUAAAGGCUUCCCUCUCUGCUUUGGAAGACAAUAUUAUUUCAGCAGAAACUGAACUUGAAGAUUUACAUGAAGAGGCAAAGCAGCAAGAAAAACUGGUUGAGCAAUAUAAAAUAGAAGUGGAGAAAUUAGAAACAGAAGCUGAGGAACUGAAAGCCAUGUACGAAAAGGUCAUCUGGGAAAGCAGAAAGAUGACAGAAGACAAAGAAGUAGAAAUGGAUGCAAUGAAGAGCCAGACGGAGACUCACUUGAAGGAGUUAGAACACGCCCGUGACCUGCAGAAGGCAGCUGAAGAGAAACUGCAGAGGUGUCAGGAAGGCCUGCUGUCAUGCCAGAAGAGCUGCCUAGAUAAAUCCAGAGCCAUUAAGGAGCUGCAGACUGAGGUAGGUGACAACGAUGGAUUCUUGAAACAGCUUUCUUUGGAAGAGGAAAAUCACAACAUUCAAAUGAAGUAUGAAGAAGUUAAACGAAAAAUAGAAGAAAUGGAAUUGCAGAACAAAGAACUUGAAAAUCAGUUGUCAAACCAAGAAGAGAGUCUUCAAAAAACAGAACUGCACUUCAAACAAAAACUUGCAGACUGUGAUGCUUUAACCCGACAACUAGAAGUUGUUUUAGAAGAUGGAAGAAAAAAGUUAACAGAGGAAAUGGAAAAAAUUGCUUCUAAAGAGCGAUGCUUUCAGUUGAAAAUAUUGGAUCUAGAAAAUAAAUUAAGACAGAAAAAAGAAGAACACAAAAAGCUAUCCAGAAGACUAGACUCAAAAGAAAAGUAUCAUGAAAUGUCUUUGAAAGAAAUAGAACACAGUCUUCAAAGAUCAGAAAACCGAAACCAGAGCAUCCAGAAUUAUAUAAAGUUUUUGAAAGCCUCCUAUGUAACCAUGUUUGGCUGAACUGGUUUUUUCCCUUUUCUCUAGAAAUAAGAAGUGCAUCUGGGGACAUGUGACUGUGUGUAGCAUAUCGGCCUGUUGUGAUUGGGUUCUUCUGGACUGUGCUCUCUGAAGAGCAUGUUUUAUGUUAAUUAUCCACAAUAUAUUCUCCAAGCAUUGCUCUCCAAGCAUUGCUCUCGCAUAUACGUUGGGGGUGGGGUGGGAGACCAGUUUUAAAGAAACAAACAAGACCAAGUAAAUGCAGUAAAAGUUCUGGCAUAAUAAAUGUAGCCAAAGCAACUCUCAUCUGCAAAGUGCUCUGUUUUAUUAGGAUUUUCCCUCCUUUCUAGGAUAUUUCUCAUGGUAGUUUUGGCAAAAACUGUCCUUGUGUCCUGUUCAUUGCAAUGGAUGAAUUGUAUUUCAAAGGGCUGAAUGAUAGUGAUACUGUAUGAAAAUAGUUGCUUGGACCUAGAGAGUCUUUGAGGUUUUGUGUGUGGGUGCUGUCCAGGCAGAAAUUACUGGGGGGAAGCUUAGACCGGGGAACAGUGGGGAGGGGAGGGGAGAGCUUUCUUCUGUUGAUCGGGAUCCCACUCUCUGUGUUAAUUUCAAAAAAUAAUUGGGUGCUUGGUUAUAUCUCUCCCACUGUCUUGGCUUGUUUGGUCCAAUAUAUAGGAACCUCUUCCUACCCUAAAAAUAGGAUUACUAGCAUCUCAAGAACAGUUCUAUAGAAGCAGUUACACUUCCAAAAAUAAAUAUUCUUGUUAAUUGCAGACCAGGUAAUUAGGAAAACAGGCACCCAGUCAAAACAUAAAACAUGUAAGUAUUUUUAUAUUAUUUGCUGUUGGUACUUUUUGCUGAAAUAUUGUUUUCAAUAUUUAAUGAUCUUGGUGGCUUCACUUUGAUCCGUUACUUGUUAACUAUGAAAAGUCAGCACUUGUUUGCUCGUUCAUUUCAUUUUUAAUAAAAAACUAGACUCCA